AUGGAUGACUUCUCACCUUCGUCUUGGAGGAAUGUCGAGGCUACUAGCAGUUCCCAGCCGCCCUACGACCCGGAACCGCAAGUCGGCCCUAAUGCCGACAAGCUCGAUACAGCAGGUGUUCGCCUUGGAAGGUUGGAGUGCACGGUCACAGAUCCCCAGAAGGAGAACGAUGGUACUAAAGAUGCAUAUACGUCCUACUUGGUGACGACAAAUACCGACUUUCCCACCUUCCAGAAAGGACAUGUUGGAGUGCGCCGGCGAUUCACAGACUUUGUAUUCUUGUACAAGUCGCUUAAUCAAGAACAUGCGAACUGUGCUGUUCCGCCGCUGCCCGAUAAGCAGCGAAUGGAGUAUGUCCGAGGUGACCGCUUUGGCUACGACUUCACCAACCGCCGUGCCGCUUCUCUCAGCCGUUUCCUGAAACGCUUAACCCUCCAUCCUGUACUUCGAAAAACUCCCCUCCUAACAGUAUUUCUCGAAUCACCCGAUUGGAAUGCACACAUGCGCAAUCGGUCAUCCCGUCUUUCCAAUGCCUCGGAUAAUGGAGUAUUCGACGGUCUCACAGAUACAUUCCUGAACGCAUUUUCCAAAGUCCACAAGCCUGACAGAAGAUUCAUCGAAGUCCGUGAGCGCUCCGACAAACUCACCGAAGACCUUACUCAUGUCUCUGGAGUUUUUGCGAGAGUUGUAAGACGAGAGGGUGAUCUUGAGUUAGACUAUGCGGAUUUGGCGACACAGUUUCACAAAAUCGAGGAUUUGGAGCCCAAUCUAAGGGCAUACAUCAGAAUAUUUGCUACCGCGGUGGAGGAAACUGCCGGUGGUGUGAGAGAUCUGAAGGAACAUUCCGAGCAACAUUAUUUAACGUCACUGAAGGAUAUGGAUGCAUACAUCGCCGCAUUAAAGUCGUUACUAAAGCUUAGAGAACAAAAACAGCUAGACUACGAAGCAUUGACAGAGUACCUCGCCAAAGCGGCUUAUGAUCGCGAUCAACUAGCUUCCCAACCAGCGAACUCCACAGGGAUGGGAGCUUCUGGCUUCUUUAGGAGUAAAGUGGAGGAUAUGAGAGGAGUUGACCACGAACAAUCAAGACGGGAAAGGAUUAGAAAACUUGAACUGCGGAUUGACGAGCUGACAAGGGAGGCUGAGGACGCAAGAAAGCAGACCGAGGCUUUUGAUGAAAGUGUAGUCAGGGAGAUUGACGACUUCGAGAGAAUCAAAGCGAUUGAGUUCAGGGAUACGCUGGGGGAUUUGGCGACGGCGAAUAUUGAAUUUUACAGAGGGCAGGUAGCUGUUUGGGAGAAGAUGUUGAAGGAUUCAGAGGGUUGA